AGUCCCUGGAUCUGCCUGCCCUGGGGGUCCCCGCUCCGCAGACUGAUGUUAUGGGGGGAGAUGUGUCCUGUAAUCUCCAUUCUGGAAAUCUGAGCUAUGUUGCUGAGCAGCCCUUUUGGAUGUCACUUCUGAUCAUGUGCUGCUCCAGAAAUACACUGACACUACCAGGCACAGGUUUCUGGGAGCAGCACAGAGGACCUCCUGCUGCAGAGGGACCUGGAGGGACCACCACAGGGAAAGUUUGUGAACCCCAGAACCAGGGCUCCUCCUUGUAGAUUUGUGAAAGAUUGAGACAUGGCGGCCACGCAGGUUUCCACGUCGCGGCCCCCGCAGCCCACUUUAGGCUCGGAGGAGUACAGCCUGUACAGCAGCAUGAGCGAAGAAGAACUCAUCCAGAUGGCCAUAGAGCAGAGCCUGUCGGACAGCACUGAUAGUCAGCUGACCGCCCACCAGAAGCAACGACAGCGCAGCAACGCUGAGCCCCCCAGACCCUCCCACCGGCCCCCGCAGCCCAUCAACAGGUCCCUCCAGGUCACCGCCGGAGCGCAGACCCCCAACCCUGACCACGGCUUCGGGGUCCUGAGGAAGAGAUACGAUGGGAGUUAUUGUCGCACCGCCCAGGCUGCAGAACAGAACCCCAUUGAGGAGAUGAUCAAGAAGGAAGACGUGGAGGGGCUGAAUAACCUCAUGAAAUCUGGGAAGAGACUGUCUGAGCCCAACAAAGAUGGCUGGCUGCCGAUGCACGAGGCGGCCUACUACGGCUCCCUCCGAUGUCUGAAGCUUUUACUGCAAGCGUAUCCUCCAUUGAUCGACCAGCGGACUCUGCAGGAGGAGACGGCGCUGUACUUGGCCACAGUAAAGGGGCACCUGGACUGUGUACGGUUUCUGCUGGAAUCUGGAGCCGAGCCGGAUAUUGUGAACAAGGCCCGAGAAACCCCCCUGUAUAAAGCGUGCGAGCGGAAGAACUGCGAUGCCGUGAAGAUGCUGGUGGAGCACAGGGCGGACGUCAACCACCGGUGUAACCAGGGCUGGACCGCACUGCACGAGGCCGUGGCGAGGAACGAUAUGGAAAUCAUCGACAUCCUGAUAAAGGGAGGAGCGAAGAUCGAAGCCAAGAACUGUUACGGCCUCACCCCCUUAUUCUUAGCGGCGCAGGGCGGACAGCUGGAGGCGUUGCGGUACAUCGUCAAAUGCGGCGCCGACAUAAACACCCAGGCCAACGACAGCGCCACCGCCAUCUACGAAGCCUGCAAAAACGGCCAUGACGACAUCGUAGAGUUCCUCCUGUCGCAAGGAGCCGAUGCCAACAAACAAAACAAAGACGGGUUUUUGCCCAUUCACGUCGCAGCCAAGAAACGGGACAAUGACAACAUAGUCUCUAUGCUGAUCCCUGUGACCAGUCGCGUGCGGGUGAAGAGGAGCGGGAUCAGCCCCUUGCACAUAGCGGCAGAACGCAACAAUGACGACAUCUUGGAGGAGCUUGUCAAUGCCGGCUACGAUGUCAACUUUACCUUAUCGUUUGACCGCGCCCGGCUGUACGAGGACCGGCGCAGCACCGUGCUUUACUUUUCUGUCAUAAACAACAAUAUUUAUGCGACUAAACUGCUGCUGGAGGCCGGAGCCAACCCCAAUGUGGAUCUUAUCAAUCCACUGCUGAUCUCCAUACGACACGGCUGCCUGACCACCAUGAAGUUGCUCCUGGAACACGGGGCAAAUAUAAACGUUUAUGUGGCCACUCACCCCACCUCCUUCCCGGCCACCGUCAUGUUCUCCAUGAAGUAUCUGAGCUUGCUGAAGUACAUUAUGGAUCAGGGCUGUGAUGCCGAGUCCUGCUUUACAUGUGAAUAUGGAAAUAACCCUCAUCCUCCAAUCGAGGAUCGUAGGCGACAGGAGGAGACCCCGCAAGAUCGUAAGCACCCAAAGAUUAUCCAGUUCUGUGAGAUGGUUUCCACCCCGGAGAUGAGUCGCUGGGCCGGUCCCAUUAUUGACGUCCUCCUGGAUUAUGUGGGGAACGUUCGCCUCUGUUCCCGAUUACAGGAGCAUCUGGACAGCUAUGCCGAUUGGGAGGGUAUAAAGAAGAAAGCUGAACCCCCGAGAUCUCUUGCACACUUGUGCCGCAUAAAGGUGCGGAGCGUGCUGGAACAAAAUCGCCUGAAACUGUUGGACACGUUGCCCCUGCCGGCCAGACUCAUCCGAUACUUGAGUCAUGAUUACACUAGUUGAGUGCGAGCUGUGGGACCAGGCUCAGUACUGACCCCUUGUGGACGUGAGGAGGCAAGUGAUUAGAGACCAGGCUGUGGAGUCGGCAGCAUUCCUGGCCCAUACGGACAUGUGCCUUCAUAUGAUGCGGUGUUUUAGCAGCACGGCGCUCCUCGGGGGCGGGGUCAAGAAGCAACACGAAAGUGACAAAAAGACAACGGAAACGUAAGGUUACUGAACACAUGACAGGCAGUGAUGUCUCUUAAAGUGGACCCGGUCUCUUAUUUUUCUAAAUAAAAAGGAUUCGCUUUGGCGCAACAAUGGAGCCAGCCCUCGAAAACUGCUGCAACGUGUGAGCAAGGAUGCGCGCGCUCCACUCUGCUGUGCCGGUUAUUGUCACAUUGUAUCGUAUUGGAAUUCACUCUGCUGGUGAACGCUUCAAUUGUUGACAAUUUUAGGUUCUUAAAUUGACAAAGAAUGAAAUUAACUCUCUAGUUGCUGUGCAGCGGGAUGCUGUCUGUCGCUCUCUGUUAUCAGCCGGUUUAGUCAGGGGAGCGGCUCAUCCAUGGGAUGAAACUCUCUGCCCUCCCCCCAUGAUCACAAAUUGAUGUCACGCAGGUGUGUGUGGAUUUUUCUUUUUUAAGUUUUUUUUUUUUUUUUAGCAGCGUGCUGGCCCUUUAAAUGCGGAUGUGUGAUUAUUAGAAAGUUACAAUAACAUUUAUUGUAUUCAGAGGAUUGUUACAUUGUUGCAUGUAAAUAUGAAGCAGAAGGAAUAGUUUAUUAUUUGACGUAUUACUGCCCCCCUAAUGGUGACCUGAGCAUGCUGGGAGUUGUAGUUUUGCAAGGAGAGUUAACUCAAUAUUCACCACUCUGUUUCGCAACCAAGGUGCCUCCAGCUGUUGCAAAACUACAACUCCCAGCAUGCCCGGACAGCCAACAGCUGUCCGGGCAUGCUGGGAGUUGUAGUUUUGUAAGUAGAGUUAACUCAAUAUUCAUCACUCU